AAGAGGAAGUAGCUGGAAGGGGAAGCAGUGAGCUGCAGAGAGGAGGAGGUUGGUGUGGAGCACAGGCAGCACCAAGCCUGCCCCGUGAGCUGAGGGCCUGCAGUCUGUGGCUGGAAUCAGGAUGGACACCAAGGCAGGACCCCCAGAGAUGCUGAAGCCUCUUCGGAGAGCGGCAGUGACCCCCAUGUGGCCGUGCUCCAUGCUGCCCCACCGCCUGUGGGACAGAGAGGCUGGCACGUUGCAGGUCCUGGGAGCGCUGGCUAUGCUGUGGCUGGGCUCCAUGGCUCUUACCUACCUCCUGUGGCAAGUGCGCCGUCCUCCCACCUGGGGCCAGGUGCAGCCCAAGGACAUGCCCAGGUCCUGGGGGCAUGGUUCCAGCCCAGCUCUGGAGCCCCUGGAAGCGGAGGUCAGGAAGCAGAGGGACUCCUGCCAGUUUGUCCUUGUGGAAAGCAUCCCCCAGGACCUGCCAUUUGCAGCCGGCAGCCUCUCCGCCCAGCCUCUGGGCCAGGCCUGGCUGCAGCUGCUGGACACUGCCCAGGAGAGCGUCCACGUGGCUUCAUACUACUGGUCCCUCACAGGGCCCGACAUUGGGGUCAACGACUCAUCUUCCCAGCUGGGAGAGGCCCUUCUGCAGAAGCUGCAGCAGCUGCUGGGCAGGAACAUUUCCUUGGCUGUGGCCACCAGCAGUCCAACACUGGCCAGGAAGUCCACCGACCUGCAGGUCCUGGCUGCCCGAGGUGCCCAGGUACGACGGGUGCCCAUGGGGCGGCUCACCAGGGGCGUUUUGCACUCCAAAUUCUGGGUUGUGGAUGGACGGCACAUAUACAUGGGCAGUGCCAACAUGGACUGGCGGUCCCUGACGCAGGUGAAGGAGCUUGGCGCUGUCAUCUAUAACUGCAGCCACCUGGCCCAAGACCUGGAGAAGACCUUCCAGACCUACUGGGUGCUGGGGGUGCCCAAGGCUGUCCUCCCCAAAACCUGGCCUCAGAACUUCUCAUCUCACAUCAACCGUUUCCAGCCCUUCCAGGGCCUCUUUGAUGGGGUGCCCACCACUGCCUACUUCUCAGCAUCGCCACCCGCACUCUGUCCCCAGGGCCGCACCCCUGACCUGGAGGCGCUGUUGGCGGUGAUGGGGAGCGCCCAGGAGUUCAUCUAUGCCUCCGUGAUGGAGUAUUUCCCUACCACGCGCUUCAGCCACCCCCGCAGGUACUGGCCGGUGCUGGACAACGCGCUGCGGGCGGCAGCCUUCAGCAAGGGUGUGCGCGUGCGCCUGCUGGUCAGCUGCGGACUCAACACGGACCCCACCAUGUUCCCCUACCUGCGGUCCCUGCAGGCGCUCAGCAACCCCGCGGCCAACGUCUCUGUGGACGUGAAAGUCUUCAUCGUGCCGGUGGGGAAUCAUUCCAACAUCCCGUUCAGCAGGGUGAACCACAGCAAGUUCAUGGUCACGGAGAAGGCAGCCUACAUAGGUGAGCGCCAGCAGAUCACGGCGGGCGGGCCCCAGGGUGGCCAGGCACGGGGCCCCAGAACACUGAGUCAGGACGCCUGGCGCCGCGUGGUGAGGGAGGAGUUCCUCCGCGACCAGCUGUCCCUCCCGCACCUGAGCGAGGGGCUUCCCCGGCUGGGGUCUGAUGACAGUGGAGGGGCCAGCUGCCAACCGUCCCCAAACCCGUAG